CUGCUAUACAGCACACAGACCCCAUACACUGCUAUACAGCACACAUCCUAUAUCUUCUGGAACCUCAAGACAGGACCCAUCCUGCCUACAGUAUACCGCUGGUUUGUCACAAUGCUUGAUGGACUGAAAAUGGAGGAGAAUAUCCAGAAUGUUAUCGAAACAUCGGCAGCUUUGUCCUCUCUCUUUGGCCGAGGUUUGGAGCAGAAAUGGGUGUGCGAGGGCUGUGAACGGGUGAUCUGUGACCGCUUUCUCCUGCGGAUAAGUGACAGCCUGUGGCACGAACAGUGUGCUCAGUGCUGUGCCUGUAAAGAGCCCCUGGAGAGCAGUUGCUUCUACAGAGACAAAAAGCUGUACUGCAGGAAAGACUAUGAAAAGUUGUUUGCAGUAAAAUGUGGGUCUUGUCUGGACACCAUCACAUCCAGUGAGUUUGUCAUGAGGGUGCAAAAAAGUGUCUACCAUUUGGGCUGCUUCUGCUGCUGUGUAUGUGAGAGGCAACUCCAGAAGGGCGAUGAGUUUGUUCUGAAAGAUGGCCAGCUUCUCUGCAAGAGUGACUACGAAAGGGAGCGCGAUCUACUCAGCCUGGCAAGCCCAGCAGCUUCUGACUCAGGUAAAAGUGAUGAUGAUGAAGAUGCUGGGAAAUUUGAAGAUGGUAAGGGAACUGAAGAUGGUAAGGACCAGAAACGUCCCAAGAGGCCCAGAACCAUCUUAACAACACAGCAACGCAGGGCUUUUAAAGCGUCAUUUGAGGUGUCCUCCAAACCAUGCAGGAAGGUUAGAGAGACGCUGGCUGCUGAAACUGGUCUCAGUGUAAGAGUGGUUCAAGUCUGGUUCCAGAACCAAAGAGCAAAAAUGAAAAAGCUGGCAAGAAGACAGCAACAGCAGCAGCAGCAACAAGAUCAGCAGAACCCAACACGGAUACCUUCAGCUCAGACACAUAAUUCCGGCAGCACCAGUAUUGAAGGCAUCAUGAAUGUCUUUACAACGUUGCCUCAACAACAGCUUCUCUCCAUAGAGCAAAACAUGUACCCUUCAGACCCCUUCCAGCAAGGACUUACUCCCCCACAAAUGCCAGGAGAUCACAUGCAUCCAUACGGUGGAGAGUCGCUAUUUCAUGAUAUGGACAGUGAUGAUGCUUCUCUUAACAACUUGGGGGAGUGCCUUUUAGCAGCACCUGAAGUGGGAUCAAUGCAGGCCCGAGUGGGAAACCCAAUUGACCGUCUAUACUCCAUGCAAAAUUCAUAUUUCACCUCUUGAGAAAACAAGUUGGAUGCGCAGUAUUACGGCUUCUUGUCUGGAAACUCUGGAUUUCUGUUGGAUGCUACUGAUUAUGUCUGAUUUAUAGCGAUUUAAGUUGAGUUAAGUCUUUUUAAGGACGACAUUGUUGACUUGUCAAGCCACAUCUCUCGCAGGCUCCUGAUGCCUAAGGAUUCCGAUAACACAAUUUCCUUUGGAUUAUACCAACUGGAUUGAAAAACUAAUAAUCAUGUUGACAAUGAAACCAGGUGUGGUGUGAGAUGUUCUACAUUGCAUGAAUGCGAGAAACCUCAACUCUACUGGAAAUCUAAGACUUUCUUUUCUUUGUGUAAAGAGCUGCUACUGAACUUGGACUUAGUCCUGUUCCCCACAUUUCAAUUUGUAGGAAAACUAUUCAGACUAUGUACAUUGUUAAGGACACAAAGGGUAACCAGGUGACUUGCUUUUCUAAUUAUUGGGGUCUAUUGUGUAUGGGCAAGCUAGAAGCAAAUCUGUAUAUUCUCCUCUCCUAUAGCAGAAGACAUAGGGCUCAUAUGGGUCUGUUUAUUGAUUAAUAUGAAAAGAUUGGGUGAGCGUGUGGUGCUGUAGCCCAACAGUCUGGGCCUGCAUACUGAACAAGUCAUACAUCAAUUUACUAAAAUACCCACGAAGACUCAAAUCACAUGUUCUGCUUUAAUCCAACCAAGUCCCUGAAGUUAAUCAACCAUCAUGCCAGAUGACCAUUCUUAUUUGUCAAGUACCUAUAACACCACUAGAUAUAAUAUUAAAAUGGCAUGUUAGUUAAAUGCAGAAGACUUAAUUAUAUGCCCUAGUGCCAUUAGAAGUGCCCCGAGGAAGGUUAAGGAAGGAUUUUGCCUGUGUAACUGUAAUACCCAUUUUCCUGACACAGAUUGUACAUGGAAAUGUUGUUAUUUGGAGAUAUUUAAUGUUGCACAUCUGUGCAGUUAACUUAUAUAAAACGUAGAUUAAUUCUUUUUAUCUUGUUAGGAUGAAAAAUGCAAUGCUGGCAUACGUGAUAUGCCCAUUAAAUAUAUCAUAUUUUGUGUUAUUUUACAUGUUUUCAUAUCACAAAUAUUGAUUUAGGCACCUGUUACUAAGAACUAAGAAGGACAAGAUGGUGGUUUUUUUUACUAAGUUGUCAAAGUAGAGACUACAUCUGUAUAUGAACAUUUGCUGAUUCGGGUUCAUUUAUUUAAUAAAAUGGGAUUUGUGGA